AUGGGCGGCCAUCUGCCUCAACCAGUUGGGGUCUCCGAUGAUAUUCCACCAUCUCUGCUCAGUUACUUUGAAAGUUCAAAAAGCAGAGCAUUGAGAAGUGAGAAGUUCAUUCUUGAGGAACUUGAAGACUUAUCUGCAUCACGUCACACUGAGGACAUGAAGAAUUUGCCCGAUGAACUCGACAAGGACAUGACGAAGAAGCCGGUUACCUUUGACACAGAAAACGAGUACACCUCUCCUGCUGAAACUCACCUCCUCUUUGCACCCAGAGAGACACUGGCACCUUUUUCUCAGAAUUUGUCAGUGUGCCCUGACAGUGAAGAUGAGGCUGAAACAGAUGAAUAUAUGGGGCCUGGAGUUAGGACCAUUAAGAGCCCAGAAUCUCAUAGAGAACACAGAGAGAAAAGACACUGUGAGGAGCUGAAGACAGAGGAGAGGAGGAGACAGAGACACAGAGACUUCCAGGAGGAGCUGAAGAAGAUCAUGGAGGCAGAGAAGGAGCUGAUCAGCAACUUACAAAAACGAGUUGAGGAGGAGAAGAAGACGAGAGAGAAGGAGCAGAAGAGGAUCAAGGAAGAGGGUGAGAAGAAAAGGAAGGAGGAAGAAGAAAAGAGGAGAAGAGAGGAGGACAGGAGGAAAAAGGAAGACGAGAGAAUUAAGAGAGAGAAGAAGCGCAAAAGGAUGGAGGAACAGAUGAAAAGAAAGGAAGAGGAAAAGAGAAAAAUAGAAGAAAUUAAACUAAAAGAAGAGCACAGAAGAAAGAGAGAAGAGGAGCAGAGGAAAAUGGAGGAAGAGGAAAAGAGGAGAAUUGAAGAGGAGGAAAAGCGGAAAAAGGAAGAGGAGGAAAAGUGGAAAAAAGAAGAGGAGCGAAAGAUGUUACAGGAAGACAUGAGAAAGAAGGAGGAAGAUAGAAAAAUAAAAGAAAUAAGACUUAAGGAAGAAGAGAAGAUGAGGCAGAUAGAAGGCGAGGAGAGAGAAAGGAAGCAAAAUGGGGAGAAAAUAAAGGAGAAGAAUAGGAAAAGUGAGGAGGAGGUAGAAACAAGGGCAGUGGAUAAAAAGAUGGCAAAGAAGAUGGAGGAAGACAAAAGGAGAAAAAAUCAAGAAGAAAUGGUACAAGAGCAGUGUCGAAAGGAAGAAAAGCAACACGACAGUAAAAACAGUAAUGAAGAAAAUAAGAAAAGAGAGGAAGAGAGGAGGAUCCCUAAGGAACUUGAGGUGAGGACAAAGACUGAGGAGAUGAAAAAGGUGGACGAGAGAAAAAUUGAGGAGAAAGGAAAGAAUAUCGAGGAAGAGACGAUGGUGGCUCAGCAGAUGAAUACGAAAGAGGAAGAUAGAGAUAUCAAAGAAAUGCAGCUCAAGGAAGAUGGAGAAAAGAGAAAGAAGGAAGAGGAGAUGAAACAUAGUAUGGAAUGUAAUGAUAAAAAGAAGGAAGAAGUGAAAACAGCUGAAGAGGAAAAGAGGAAGUGGCUGGAGCAACAAGUGAGGGAACAGAAAGAAGAAGAGCACAAUAACAAGAAAGAGAUGGAACAGAAUGGAAACAACAGAAAGAUGGAACAUGAGUUAAAAACAAGGGAUGAUGUGAGGAGAAAUAAAGAAGCAGACAAAUGGCAGAUCAAGGAAGAUGUGAGAAAAGACCAGGAAGAAAAAAUAAAAACGGAAGAAAGAGGAGUCAAAGGAGAGGAGAAAAGCUUUAGAGUGCAGGACACCGAAAAGGACGAGAGGCUGAAGCAGCAAGAGAAGAGAAGAGAUAAGGAUGGACUGAAAAACCAGACAAAGAAUAUCACUCUGACCUCCUCAUGCACUGUCUCUUUACAAAGUCAGUCCACCGUCUGUCCCUCCCGCUCUGAAAAUGUACAACAGCUUGACCCAAACAAGAGUCUCCUCUACACCUCCACAUCUCAAACAAUAAAACAAGAUGCAGACGUAUCGCCUCGCACUUCCUCCUGCCCUUUACCCAUGUGUCUUCCAGAGCACGCCGAGCAGAAGAGACUGUCCUGGAUGAGAGACUGCGUCCCGUGGUCCAGACUGUCUCUGCAGAACAAGAGCAAGCAAAACGUCCAUGCCCGAAGUCGCAGGGGACUGAGCAGGGCCUCCGAGGCCUGUAGUCUGCCACCUGUCUGUCCGCAAACUCUGCUUCAGUCCACAGGCUGCAAAUCCCUGCAAGAGGUUACCACGGUGACCCUGGAGGACCUGCCUGGCUGCAGCUUCGUCACGCUCGCGCAGUGUCCUCAACUUCAAUCCCUCACCCUCAGACGCUGUGGCCUCAAAUCCCUGGAGGGCUUCAACCAGUUACCACAGCUCCGCUGCAUCGACGUGCAGGAGAAUUCCAUCUCAUUUGUGGAUUGUGAAAACAUGGCGAGUUUACAAGUUCUUCGACUCGGACACAACAAGUUAACGUCCAUCCAUGGUUUGAGCGGAGCUGAAAAUCUGAAUGUUCUGGACCUCUCACACAACUCCAUCACCCGCAUUGCUGGUCUGGAGUCUAUAAGGAGACUGCAGCGUUUGUCGCUGGAUCACAACCAGCUGAUCAGCACCAAAGGGCUGAGGGACACGUGCACCCUCCUUCACCUGGACUGCUCACACAAUCACCUGGCCAGCGUGGAGGGUUUGGAGAACUGCGCUCUGCUCCAGACACUGGACCUGAGAUCCAACAGCCUCACUGAGCCCCCCAGUGUGAACAACCACAUCCUCCUCAGAGAGCUGCAUCUAGAUGACAACAGCAUCUCGUCACUGCAGGGCCUUGCUGUCUGCUGGCUUCCCCUCAUGCACCACCUCUCAGCGGCUGAAAACAGAAUUACCCUCCUGCCCUCCAUGUCUGAUUUUGUGUCCCUUACAAAUUUGGAUCUUCGCUUCAACUGCAUGUCAGAACUGCAGAAUGUGUGUGAAGGUGUGAAAGGAUGUCUCUUCCUGCAAGAGGUCCACCUCAGCGGGAAUCCUCUUCAGCAAGAGAUUGGUUGGAGAUGCACUCUGCAGAGAGCCGUGGCUGGCCUGAGAGCCAUUGAUGGUGAGGAGACAGACCCCUUUCUGUCAGCCCCUGCUGUUCAACAGCUCAGCUUGGCCUCAGGCAGCUUCCUAACAUUUUGUCAGGCUCAGCUUAAGCAGAUUCGUGAUUUACAGCUGCAGCACAGCAGGGAGCUCAGUAAUGCCCCAACUCCCCUGGAUGCUGUAAAAAGCUCCUGUCGACACUUCACUGAGACUCUAAAACUUGCUGUGGACCAGAGGUUUGCUCAUGAAUACGGUGACACCAUUGUGUCUGCAGGCCAAACACUGGACAUGGACAGUGCUGGUCCUAAAAAGCUUGCUGAGCACUCAGAAAUUGGGUCCACUGAAAAACCCCCACCAGUCAUUCUAAACAGGAACAACAUCAACUGGACAUUAGACCUUCACUCCUUGGCAACAAUGGAAACAACCACUUCCUCCCAUCUUAACAUGGCUCCUGUGUCCAACCAUCAAGACCUGGACCCCAAAAACACAGCAGCAGUCGUGAUUCAGCAGCGGUGGAGGAAGUACAGACAGAAACGUGGGAACAUCAGCAGCCCCCCCACAGCUGAGAAGGGAGGUGAAAGAGGAGGAGAAGGAGGAACGCCAGAGUCAGGACCGUCUGAUGUUGACAGAAGCGCUGUUGGCCAAGAUUAUGCAGCAACUAUCAUCCAGGCGUUCUGGAGGGGCUACGCUCUGAGGAGGAGGCUUGCAACUGCUCUAGCUGCUGUCACAUGCCCCGACAGCGGAGAGGACGAAGCCUUUGAGGAGGUAGACGUGGAUGGAUUUGUCUUUGAUGAGGCGGCGCUAGAGAAGCACUGGACAUUGCCACUUUCUGAAGAAUCAUCUUCCAGACAUCAUUAUGGUUCAAAGCAGCCGCUUUCUCUGAAGCUUCCUGGGCCCUUUCCUGAACUCUCGCAGCGCACACGCCCACCAUCACCUUCAUGGAGGCCAAAGCAGGCCUGGGAGGCAGGAGAACAGGUGGAGUCUACAGGGAUGAAAGUUUCACCAGAGAGUUCUAUCAGAAGCAAAUCUCCUGCUUCGACCGCAGCGCUCAGUGGUCUCUCUGCAAGAUCAGAAAAGAUUCUGCAAGAAUGGGGGUUCCACGACAGCAACACAGCGCUUCUGAUGCUCAAGAGAGCUCAGAAGAUGAGGUCGAAGAAGCAACAGCAGAUUAAACAUAAAGAUCCCUCCGUCUGCCUUGCAUUGUUCAGAAACUGCAAAUACCAGCAGGCUCCAGUGGAGGCACGAAACAGGCCUGCCCCACACAACAGAAAUCAUAUGAAAGUGUGCAGAGCUGAGCUGGACCUUCAGCAGGCGGAGCAGACGGAGCAAGUGAAGCAGGAACGAGCUCAGCAGUGGCUGCACACCCAGUCUGACAGGGACUCAGAGAGUGAACAUUUCCUACCAGAGAUCAGCUCCGUUGUUCUGAAUGGAGGCAGAGUGCAGCUGGUGGCUGACCCAGCAAAGGCUGAACGUCUACAUCACGCCAGUGGAUUGUGGGCCAGCAGCAGUUUAGUUGCCCAACCCUGCAAAGAGAGAAAUUAUCUUUGCAGCAACUCUUUGGGUCAUGCAAGAAAAGAGGUUCUAUCUCCGCACCGCGUCAAGUCUGCUCCAUCAAGAAAGGAGCGCAUCUCCUUCCGAGACAAUCCGGUCCAGCUGAGCGGCGGCUGGGGAGGAGGGAAGAAAAGGGACAAAGUGUACAAGUAAAACACCAACUCCAAGACAACGACAUCUCUUUUUUUUCCCUGCCCUGACACAGCACCAUUUAACAUAGAUACAACUUUAACUCCAGUACAGCUCCAAUGUACAUAUAGCAUUUUCAAAAUCAAAAUAUACGUGCAUCAGAAUUGCUCAGGGCAGUGCUGUACACAUUUGAUGUCUUAAGUUAUCAAAUAAAUCUUUAGUGGGACUUUAUUAGGAGCAUCCAAUGGUCCUUUCUUUCCUCCAUGAAGAUAAAUGUAUUUAGUUUUACAUGUAUAAUGUUAUUUUAUCACCUGUGCUGAAUCCCCACUGCAGCUGUUCUUUUUAAACUCAGCUGAAAACGUGGGCUCCCUCUCCUGGAAAUUAAUUAAGACCAAUAGGACCCAGAACAGCCCAAAUAUCCUCAGGCACUUUUCUAACGGUGAUUCUGCUCAAGUAUCAGGGCCUGAAUGUGACUGCAGCCAACCAGCACCAAAACACGCCGAGCGAAGUCACAAACCUUCAGCAAAUGACACGCUCCAUAUGCAAAUGAUGGCAGGAAAUAAGAACCAGGACGUGGAGUACCUGUGGAUUCCUGUUUCUGAACAUGCUGAACUGUUGUUUCCACACUGAUAUUCUUUCUUGGCGGUAAAUAUAGUUUGUAACCAUGGGAAGAGAUGUGCCUUUUCUACUUCUUCUCUUCUUCCUUAAGAGUAAACUUUAAUAAAGGGCAGAAAUCUGUGCAAUUUCUCCAUUCUGUGGAUAUGUUUAGCUCCUGCUUACCAACAGCCGGCAUGAAAUUACUGCUUUUAUGAGCCAAACACAAACAUUGGUGUUAGAAUUAGAAGUCUGUUUUCUUUAUUUUCAACCGUUGAUUAUAACGACCUUCUCUGUGUAUUUGAAUUAAGGCGUCCGUUCACAAACACUGCCCCACCGGAGGUGGUGAACCUCAGGCUCAGAGGUUCCUCGCUGGUCGGCUGCCUAGAAAUGAUAACUUAAUUAAUGUCAAAACAAAUAGUCUGAGCUGCAGAGUGGCUCCCUGGCAGGAAAUGCAUAUCUCUCCAGCAUGUCUCUCUAUUUAUUUUUCUUCUAUCUUUCACUUACACAUGUCUGGAGGGUGUGUUUUGACUGUACUCGAGCUGAUGGGGAUUUGUGUCUCGGAGAGUGGCGUAUGCCAGAGAUGUGGUGGUCUUUCCCCACUUGGAGGCUGUUGUGAAACCCAAGAGGACGGUCCUCCCUCAGGGGGGGUGACUGAUUCGUCAAGCCCUGCGGGGGACAGCGAG